AUUUUUUUAUUUUUCGGUCUUGAAUUUGUAUUAAGUAGCUCGUGGCCUUAUAUGAACGAUAGUUAAGGGAGAAUAAUAAUAAUAAUAUAUACACACCCUCCGAGUGUAUGACACGCCUAACCAACCUCAACGUAUACAAACCAACUGAGCGUUGAUAUGGAGCAAGAAUAUAAUUUUGACAGCAAUGAUUGUAAUAGUUCAUUCAAUGAAGUCAUUGGACACAUAGAAGAUAUUUUAAUUGAAACUGAUUUUCAAAAAACUCAACAACAUAUCUUGGAAAAAUAUUGGCGAGAAUUUGAUUCCGAAGAAGAAAAUAAAUUGAUUUACAUGAUUAUAUUUGAAGAAUAUCAUAAAACGAUAGAAAAUUACAUAGAAACCAAUUUGAAAAAAAUAAUACCAAAAUUUUCAAUAGAGAUGUUAUUUAAACAACUGAGUGAUAACAGUUCAAAAUUAGAAGGUGAAGUUUUCGACAUUCUUUACGCCUUAACGGACUUUUUAGCAUUUAAAGAGAUGAUUUUGGAUUAUAAAGCCGUAAAAGAAGGAAAGGUUCAAGAUCUAAGUACUGGUAUUACAAUUACUCCUUUAAAGCUUAAAAGUUCAAGUAAUUUAAAGAGCUAGCUUAGAAUAGGUACGAAUUAUUCACAAUUCACUCAAGUGUACUUACUUAAGGAGGUCCUUUCGCCAUCAAUGUUAAAUAAAAAAUAUUAGAUUACGCAUAAAAUUAAUUUUAAUCUAAUAGUUAGUCCUUAUUUAUCUACUAGUAAAGUUUAAUUAAGUCUUUACCGUGAAAAUUUUUAAAAAAAAAAAAUUUUUUUAAAUGUUAGUAUUUUUUCCGAGUCUUACGAGAAAGUCAGACCUUAACAACUUUCUCGAAUUAUGGUAUUAACUACCGAUUAGAUGGGAUAAAAAAAAAAUCGAAAUAAGGUUUUUGAAAUAUUCAGGUUUCAUUUUUUGCAAUAAAAUAUAUAGGUUGCCG